UGGCUGGGGCCUUCCGCGGCCUGGCCCCGCCCCGGCGGCUCUGCGCACGCGCGGCGGCCAUAGUGGCAGCGGACCCGGCGGCGGCGUCAUCAUCGUUCCCCGCGGAGUGAAGCUCCCCGCGCAGACCUCGACUCCAGAGUCUCCCCUCGGAAUUCUAAAAUUCGGAAAACAUGUCUCGAAGAUAUGACUCCAGGACCACUAUAUUUUCUCCAGAAGGUCGCUUGUACCAAGUCGAGUAUGCGAUGGAGGCGAUUGGGCAUGCAGGCACCUGUUUGGGAAUUUUGGCAAACGAUGGAGUUUUGCUUGCAGCAGAGAGACGCAACAUCCACAAGCUUCUUGAUGAAGUCUUUUUUUCUGAAAAAAUUUAUAAACUCAAUGAGGACAUGGCCUGCAGCGUGGCAGGCAUAACUUCUGAUGCUAAUGUUCUGACUAACGAACUGAGGCUCAUUGCUCAAAGGUACUUACUACAGUAUCAGGAGCCAAUUCCUUGUGAGCAGUUGGUUACAGCUCUGUGUGAUAUCAAACAAGCUUAUACACAGUUUGGAGGAAAACGUCCCUUUGGCGUCUCGCUGCUGUACAUUGGCUGGGAUAAGCACUACGGCUUUCAGCUCUAUCAGAGCGACCCGAGUGGGAACUAUGGGGGAUGGAAAGCCACAUGCAUUGGAAAUAAUAGCGCCGCAGCCGUGUCAAUGUUAAAACAAGACUACAAAGAAGGAGAAAUGACUCUGAAGUCAGCGCUCGCUUUAGCCAUCAAAGUCCUCAACAAGACCAUGGAUGUUAGCAAACUCUCUGCGGAGAAAGUGGAAAUCGCCACGCUAACGAGAGAGAGCGGGAAGACGGUCAUCAGAGUGCUCAAACAGAAGGAGGUGGAACAGCUGAUCCAAAAACACGAGGAAGAGGAAGCGAAGGCCGAGCGGGAGAAGAAGGAAAAGGAGCAGAAAGAAAAGGAUAAAUAGACGAAGGCUGGCGUCCCGCAGCUCACGGGGCACGCGCGGUUGCAGCGCGCAAGCCGUCCUCGGCCACGCGGCAAGGGCGCCGACCGCGCGGGGCCCCGGCCAUGCGCUCCAGUCGACUUGUGGGGGUGGCGAUUACUCUCCAUGAACGUCUCAGCCCCUCUACCCCUCCUCGUUUUGGAAUAAAACUUGGAAAGAAUAGAAA